AUGUCUUGUGGAGCAGGCAAUUCAGUCCAGCCCUGUGACUUCAUGUCAUGUCAUGUCUUUGCUUGGCAGAUUCAAGCCUGUCCAACUUCUCUGCUUACUGUGAAAAUCUUGCAAGCUAGAAAUAUCACCGUAGGAGACUUGUUGAGUGGAGCAGAUUGCUAUGUAUCACUGAGGCUACCAACAGCUUCAAAGGAGGAAGUGAAAACAGAAACCAUCAAGAAUUCCAGUGUGCCUGUGUGGAAUGAAACCUUCUAUUUCAUGAUACAGAGGCAAGUGAAGAACAUUCUAGAACUGAGGAUUUAUGAUGAAGACCCACUCACUAAGGAUGAUCUUCUUUUUACUGUUCUCUUUGAUGUUGGGGAAGUCAAGCCUGGAGAGACAUUCCUUGUAAAUUUUAUUCUGAAUUCAGAGGUACAGCACCUUCCUCACAUAUUUGUUUCAUAUUACAGUGAAAGAGGAUUGUGAAAGUGCAUGCUUCACUAAUGAUGAUUUUAUCAGAUGAAAAUAAUAGGAAUAUAGGGUCUCUCAUGUCUGGAGAGGCCCAGGAUGACAAUUAACUAUACAUCCUUUCAAUGGAUACCUGAUAUACUGUAGUGAACCCAUUCACUUAGUAUGGCUCUUUAUGCAGCUGCAGCUAGACCAUUAUAUGGAAGAGAUGAAUAUAAACAG